AUGCCCGGGGAGGCUGCCCGCGCCGAGCUGCUGCUGCCUGAGGCGGGCGGGCCCGGGCCCCGCACAGAUCCAUCCUGUGAUGCGGCUGCAGCCACCACCCCGAGAGGGAACCAGCUGGAGCACUGUACCCUGACCCCCGGGCCCAGCGCCCUGGCCCUCACAUUCCUGCCCAGCAAGCCGGGUGCCCGGCCCCCACCAGAGGGAGCCAGCUGGGAUGCAGGGCCUGGCACUCCUUCGGCCUGGGCAGUCCCCGCAGAAGGUGGCGGCCCCAGCCCCAGGCCCCCCGAGGUUCGGCCUGCCGAGGGUCCUCUCCUAGCCACCCUGGAGCCCCGGAUUGUGAUGGGCGAGGAGACACGCUGGGCGCCCCAGCCUCCCAGGGCUGCCCUGCCAGAGCUCAGGGACCGGGAGAGUGGGCACACCAGCCUGAACCCACCCCCGGAGUUGUGUUCUCAGGGUGACCCUCCUGUGCCUUUCCCUGCUCUGGACCCUGAUUCCUACUUCACGCCUCCCUCUACCCCCACCGAGACCACCUCUGCCCUGCUCUCCGGCCCCGGGCCCUGCAGGGACGCCCGGGACACCCAGCCUGAGCCAGGGGACUCACCACCUGCCUCGCCCUCAGGCUCCUACAUCACAGCGGAUGGGGACAGCUGGGCCUCGUCCCCAUCCUGCUCCCUGAGCCUGCUGUCCCCAGCUGAAGGGCUGGACGUCCCCUCCGGCUGGGGCUUCUCCCCACUGGGGUCCGUAGUGGACGAGCAGGAGCUGCCCCCUCCCGGGCCCCCAGGCUCCCUGUCCUCAGAGUCCAGCCUCUCGGCAGACAGCAGCUCUUCCUGGGGCCAGGAGGGCCACUUCUUCGAGCUGGACUUCCUGGCCAAUGACCCGAUGAUCCCUGCCGCCCUCCUGCCCUUCCAGGGCAGCCUAAUCUUCGAGGUGGAGGCAGUGGAGGUGACGCCGCUGCCCCCCGAGAAAGAGGAGGAGGAACAGGAGGAGGAACAGGAGGGAGAGCAGGAGGAGGAGGCCCCCGCCCCCGAAGGGGACCUGGCCGGGGAGGGGGAGGACGACAGCACUUUUGCCUCCUCCCUGCAGUCGCUGUCCGACCUGUCCAUCACCGAGGGCAUGGACGAGGCCUUCGCCUUCCGGGACGACACCUCGGCAGCCUCCUCUGAGCCCGACUCGGCCUCCUACGCAGGAGCCGAUGACGAGAGGCUGUACAGCGGAGAGCCCCACGCCCAGCCCACCACCCUGCUCCAGGACAGCCCUGGUGAGCCCCCGUCCUGGGGCCCGGAGCCCGCUCCUGGGGUCUCAGAGGGAGAGGCCAGCCACGCCACCGAGAGCCAGGAACCGGUGGCUGAAAUAACUGGGGUGGACCCCGCCUCAGGCCAGGCGUCCGCUGCAGCCAUGGCCCCUCAGUCCCAGGGCCUCACCAGGCUGACCCCUCAGGCCCUGGGGGAAGAGGCAGACUCCACUGUGGGACCAGUGCCUGUUGCCACAGCCACACCUCAGCCCCUGCAGGAGGGAGACAGUGCUGCCUUAGGCCUGGAGCCUGGGAUUGCGCAGGGAGAGGCGGGUUUCACGCCAAGCCCAGACUCUCUGCAGGAUCUGAAGGAGGAAGCGGGCCAGGGACCUGCCUCUGCGGCCAGUCCUGAACCUCAGCCUGGAGAAGUGGACCUGCCCACACCCCUGCUCCUGCAGGAUGCAUGCCUCUCCUCAGGCCAGGGGUCUGCCGCUGUGGCCAGCCAUCAGGCCCUGCUGACAGAUGCAGGCUGCCCCCUAGGGACUGAGCCUGUGGCCACCUCGGCCUUGCAGGAAGGAGACAAGACCUUGGGACUGCAGCCAGUGCCUGAAGAUAGGAACACAGGCCACACUGGAGGUCCAGAGCCUCUGGCCUUGGACCAGGCCCAUCAGGGUGGCCCAGAGCCAGCUGCAGAUGAUGAGACACUCUGGGCCUCACAGGAAGAUGCGAGCCCCCCCAAGCCUGCCACAGAGGCCCCAGACCCCACUGAGCCUGCCACGGAAGCUCCGGACCGCCGCAAGCCUGACACGGAGACCCUGGAUGCCCCCGAGCCUGCCACGAAGGGCCUGGACAGCCCCACGUCUGCCACGGAGGCCCUGGACGCCCCCGCGCCUGCCACGGAGGCCCUGGACGCCCCCGCGCCUGCCACGGAGGACCUGGACGCCCCCGAGCCUGCCACGGAGGCCCUGGACGCCCCCGAGCCUGCCACGGAGGACCUGGACGCCCCCGAGCCUGCCACGGAGGGCCUGGACGCCCUCGAGCCAGACAUGGGGGCCCUGGACACCCCCGAGCAUGCCAUGGAGGGCCUAGACACCCCCGAGCAUGCCAUGGAGGGCCUAGACAGCCCCGAGGCUGACAUGGAGGCCCUAGACAGCCCCGAGCCGGACACGGAAGCCCUGGACAACCGCAAGACUGACACGGAAGCCCUGGACCCCCUUGAGCUUGCCUCAGAGGGCCCAGACACCUCCGAGUCUGAGACGGAGGCCCUGGACACCCUUGAGCCUGACACGGAGGACCUGGACACUCCUGAGCCUGCCAAAGAGGGCCCGAACACCCCCGAGGCUGACAGGGAGGCACUGGACACCCCUGAGCCUGACACAGAGGCCAUGGACACACCCAAGCCUGACACAGAAAGCCUGGACAACCCCGAGGCUGAUACAGAGGCCCUAGACACCCUUGAGCCUGACACAGAGAACCUGGACACCCCUGAGCCUGCCACAGAGGGCCCAGACAUCCCCAAGCCUGACACCGAGGCCCUGGACACCCCCGAGGCUGACACUGAGGCCCUGGACACCCCUGAACCUGCCACAGAGAGCCUGGACACUCUUGAUGCUGACACAGAGGCCCUGGACACCUCUGAGCUGGACACGGAGGCCGUGGACACCCUUGAGCCUGCCAUGGAGGGCCCGGACAUCCCCGAGCCUGACACAGAGGCCCUGGACACCCCCAAGCCUGCCACCAAGGGCCCAGACAUACCCGAGCCUCACACGGAGGCCUUAGACGCCCCCCAGCCUGCCAUGGAGGGCCCAGACACUCCUGAGACUGACACAGAGGCCCUGGACACCCCUGAGCCUGCCAAAGAGGGCCCGGACACCCCCGAGCGUGCCACAGAGGACCUGGAUGCCCCCAAGGCUGACACGGAGCCCUUGGACACCCCUCAGCCUGCCACAGAGAGCCCGGAUACCCCAAAGCCUGCCAUGGAGGGCCCGGACUUCCCUGAGCCUGACACGGAAGCCAUGGACACCCUUGAGCCUGCCAUGGAGGGCCCAGACAUCCCCGAGCCUCACACAAAGGCCCUGGACCACCCCCAGCCUGCCACAGAGGGCCCAGACACCCCUGAGACUGACACAGAGGCCCUGCCUGAGCCUGCCAAAGAGGGCUCGAACACCCCCAAGGCUGACACGGAGCCCUUGGACACCCCUCAGCCUGCCACAGAGAGCCUGGAGACCCCCAAGCCUGCCAUGGAGGGCCCGGACUCCCCCGAGUCUGACACGGAGGAGCUGGACACCCCCGAGCCUGCCACGGAGGCCCUGGACACCCCCGAGCCUGCCACGGAGGCCCGGGACACCCCCGAGCCUUCCACAGAGGGCCCGGAGACCCCCGAGCCAGCCACGGAGAGCCCGGACACCCCCGAGCCUGACACGGAGGCCCUAGACACCCGCAAGGCUGACACGGAGGGCCCGGACACCCCUCAGCCUGCCAUGGAGGCCCUGGACACCCUCGAGCCUGCCACAGAGGGCCCUGACACCCUCGAGCCUGCCACAGAGGGCCCUGAGACCCUUGAGCCUUCCACGGAGGGCCUGGACUCCUCCAAGCCUGACACAGAGGCACUAGACACCCCCGAGCCUGCCACAGAGGGCCCGGACACCCCCGAGCCUGCCACGAAGGGCCCAGACACCCCUGAGCCUGCCAUAGAGGGUCCGGACUCCUCCAAGCCUGACACAGAGGCACUAGACACCCCUGAGCCUGCCAUAGAGGGUCCGGACUCCUCCAAGCCUGACACAGAGGCACUAGACACCCCCGAGCCUGCCAUGGAGGGCCCGGACACCCCUGAGCCUGCCACAGAGGGCCCGGACACACCUGAGCCUGCCAUAGAGGGUCCAGACUCCCCCAAGCCUGACACAGAGGCACUGGACACCCCCAAGCCUGCCACAGAGGGCCUGGACACCCCCGAGCUUGCCACAGAGGGUCCAGACUCCCCCGAGCCUGACACAGAGGCCCUAGACACCCGCAAGGCUGACACAGAGGGCCCGGACACCCCCCAGCCUGCCACAGAGGCCCUGGACACCCGCAAGCCUGCCAUGGAGGGCCCUGACACCCCCGAGCCUUCCACGGAGGGCCCGGACACCCCUGAGCCUGCCACGGAGGGCCUGGACUCCCCUGAGCCUGACACAGAGGCACUAGAUACCCCUGAGCCUGCCACGGAGGGCCCGGACACCCCCGAGCCUUCCACGGAGGGCCCGGACACCCCUGAGCCUGCCACAGAGGGCCUGGACUCCCCUGAGCCUGACACAGAGGCACUAGACACCCCUGAGCCUGCCACAGAGGGCCCGGACACCCCCGAGCCUGCCACAGAGAGCCCGGACACCCCCGAGCCUGCCAUAGAGGGCCCAGACUCCCCCAAGCCUGACACAGAGGCCCUGGACACCCCCAAGCCUUCCAUAGAGGGCCCAGACUCCCCCAAGUCUGACACAGAGGCCCUGGACACCCCCAAGCCUGCCAUAGAGGGCCUGGACACCCCCACGCCUGACACGGAGGCACUGGCCACCCCCGAGCCUCACAUGGAGGCCCUGGACACCCAGGAGCCUGCCACGGAGGGCCCGGACAUCCCCGAGCCUGACACAGAGGCGCUGGACACCCCUGAGCAUGACACGGAUACCCUGGGCCCCCCUAAGCCUGCCACAAAGGGCCCGGACACCCUUGAGCCUGACACAGAGGCCCUGGGUCCCCCCGAGCCUGCCUCCAGUGAGAAGGAAAUAGCUGCUGAGGGCCUGGUGGUGCCUGAGUGGGGAGCCUGUCCUGAUGCCGGCGUGCAUGCUGGUGGUGGAACUGAGCCCUAUUUGCUGCCAAAGAAGGCCCAGAGGGCCGAGAACCAGGAGGGUGGAAGCCUUGAGCUAACGCCCCGGGGUGCCGGGAAGGCUCCCAGGAGCAGGAGCCCAGAGGCGUGUCCUGCUGCCUGCCCCGAGGUCAGCCAGGCACGGUCCCCAAGCCCAGUGGAGAAGGGAAGGGCCACCCCGGGGCCCCAACUUCCAGGGGCUGUGGCCUCAGAGGCCAAGCUGGCCUCCUGCACAGAGUCUCCAUUGAGGGCUGUGCCCAAGCUGGGGGGGGGCUGCCCCAAAGAGCCUGCCCCCACAUCCCCACCGCCCUCUUGGCAGCUGGAGACUGUGCUGAGCCCGGGCAGUGGUGAGCAGGCCCUGGCAGCACCCGGAAUCCCUGGCCCCUCCACACCACAGCCCCCAGAAAGCCGUUCCGGAGGCCUGCCCAGGGCACCCCAGGAUAGUAUCCUGAGCCCUGAGCCCUCUGCUGCUGGUGUCCUCAUGGAGGCAGCCCUGCCUCCUAUGGCGCCCCCUGGCUCCUGCCCUUGCCAGGGCCCCCAGGAAGACUCGCUGGAGGGCGAGGAGCCCCGGGGCUCUCCAGGCCUCCCAUCGCCCCAGGCAGGAGCCCAGCGGGCGGUGGCUGCCUUCUCAGGAACCACGAAUCCCCCUGGGGCUGGUCAGCGGGUCACCCUCCCACCCCACUCCCCUGUCCUCAGUCCCAAGGCAGCCCCCAAGGGGGGCACCCAUGCCAAAGACCCAGCCUCACAGAUCUCACCACCCUGCCAAGUGCCUCCUGGCUCUGGGCCCUGGAGCCCAGCCGGCCCUCGAGGGCUCCCAGCCUCCGAGCAGCAGGAUGACCAAGACAGCCUGGAGGAAGACUCCCCACGGGCACCGGGCUCCGGCCAACAUUCAGACAGCCACGGGGAGUCAUCAGCAGAGCUGGAGGAGCAGAACUUCUCAGGACCACAGAGCGCACAGUGCCCGGCCCAGGCUGCGGCAGGCAGUGGCAGCGAGGAGACCGUCGCCAAAGCCAAGCAGAGUCGCAGUGAGAAGAAGGCCCGAAAGGCAAUGUCCAAGCUGGGCUUGAGGCAGAUCCAGGGGGUCACCAGGAUCACUAUCCAGAAGUCCAAGAACAUCCUUUUUGUCAUCGCCAAGCCUGACGUCUUCAAGAGCCCGGCCUCAGACACCUACGUGGUCUUCGGAGAAGCCAAGAUCGAGGACCUGUCCCAGCAAGUGCACAGAGCCGCCGCUGAAAAGUUCAAGGUGCCCGCAGAGCCCUCUGCCCUGGUCCCUGAGUCUGCGCCUGGGCCGCAUGUGAGGCCAUGCGAGGAGGAAGAGCGGGACGAGGAGGAGGAGGAGGUGGACGAGGCGGGGCUGGAGCUGCGGGACAUUGAGCUGGUGAUGGCCCAGGCCAACGUGUCGAGGGCCAAGGCUGUGCGGGCCCUGAGGGACAACCAGAGCGAUAUUGUUAACGCCAUCAUGGAGCUGACAAUGUAGCAGCUGACCAGUGAGCCAGCUCCAUCUCUGCUCCCCAGCUCUGCUGCUCAAUAAAUGGGUGUCCCCUCACUGUCUCUCUGUUCCUGCUCCAACUGCUCCCCAAGCACAGGCUCUGACUGAAUGGGAUUUGAUGAGGCGUGAAGACACUUCCUGGGGCUACACAGGACCCAAAGAGGGUGGCAGUCCAACCCUCACAUCUUCAGAGGGUGGUGGUCCUUCCCACAUGUCCCCAGAGGGUGCUGGUACUCCCCUCAUGUCCCAGAGUGGUGGUCGUCCCCCCUAACCCCAGAGGGUGGUGGUCCUCGCCCCGUGUCCCCAUAAAGUGGUGCUC